UUCAGAAAGCAAUUUUGCAAAACAUCUCUAUUUCUGUUCAAUUCCUCCUACUGUGCUUUGCAAUGUCUGGACGUGGUAAGCAAGGCGGCAAGGCUCGCGCCAAGGCCAAGACCCGCUCGUCCCGGGCCGGCCUGCAGUUCCCCGUGGGCCGCGUGCACCGGCUGCUCCGCAAGGGCAACUACUCGGAGCGGGUGGGCGCCGGCGCCCCGGUCUACCUGGCGGCCGUGCUGGAGUACCUGACGGCCGAGAUCCUGGAGCUGGCUGGCAACGCGGCCCGCGACAACAAGAAGACGCGCAUCAUCCCGCGCCACCUGCAGCUGGCCAUCCGCAACGACGAGGAGCUCAACAAGCUGCUGGGCCGCGUCACCAUCGCGCAGGGCGGCGUCCUGCCCAACAUCCAGGCGGUGCUGCUGCCCAAGAAGACCGAGAGCCACCACAAGGCCAAGGGGAAAUAAGCAGCUUUUCACCACACUGAAUUUUAAUAUAACAAAGGCUCUUUUCAGAGCCACCACUUUCUCUUUAAAAGAGCUUUUCUGCUGACUUUACCAGUUAUUACAAUAUAGCGUUCCAGUUGCACUGUCCAAGGCCCCUCUUAUAGUAAGGAAGAAUUUAAGUUAUAACUUAAAUAGUAUAUCCAAUGACAUCCUAGCAAGUUGCAUGUAAAUGUUAACAUUCUGAUAAAGCUUACUGCCUAAAAAGUUGAAA